UUUCCUAACCAGUCGAAAAACCGGUCACCCUAACCCUCACGGCCUCACCUCUGUUUUGUCUUCUGCCUCUUCUCGUGCUUUCUUAUUCCGUUCGCCUUCGCCCUGAGCCACCGUCGCCGUGCUCGGCUUGGCCGUCUGCCUCUGCGUAUUCUGGUCAAUCUGUUUCUGAGAUGGAAAGCAGCAGCAACAACCAGUGGAGUGCUGAGGAAGCCAUUGGUGGCAAUGCCCAACCUCUUCAAGCACUCAGAGAAAUCAUCAUCUUCCCGCGCCUAUUUUCUCGACAAGCGCAGAGCCUUGGCCUCAAAUGGCCACGGGGAUUGCUGCUCUAUGGCCCACCAGGCACUGGAAAGACGAGUUUGGUUCGAGCAGUGGUUCGGGAAUGUGGGGCGCAUUUGAAAAUUAUUAGUCCGCACAUGGUGCACAGAGCACAUGCCGGUGAAAGUGAGAAAAUUCUCCGAGAGGCUUUUGCUGAGGCAGCAUCUCAAGUAGCUUUGGGCAAGUCAUCAGUUAUCUUUAUAGAUGAAAUAGAUGCACUCUGUCCCCGUCGAGAUUCUAAGUUGGAUUUUAACAGUGAACUAAUAAUGUUACUCUUCAUUCUUUUUCCUGGUAACUAUAGUUUCUAACACCAAUUACUUAGCAAGAAAGCAAUCCUUCAGUUUGCCUUCUAUCAUUAUGCUUGCUACCUAGAAUUCUUGUUUGGUAAGUAUUUCAGAGCAUGAAUAUAUUUGUUCUUUAUUUUUACUUUUUUCCAGCUGUAUACAAAAAAGAUUCCAUUGGAUCCCAAUGUUAACAUAAAAAUCAUUGCUGCAUCAUGCAAUGGAUAUGUUGGAGCUGAUUUGGAGGCAUUGUGUCGUGAAGCUACCAUGUUUGCAAUUAAAAGGUCAAAUACAAAUGAAGAUGCUAUUAAUUUCAGUUUAACAAUGGAAGAUUGGCAAAACGCAAGGUCCAUUGUUGGUCCAAGUAUAACAAGAGGUGUUACUGUUGAAGUUCCCAAAGUGACUUGGGAAGACAUUGGGGGAUUAAAAGAUUUGAAGAAAAAACUUCAGCAAGCUGUCGAAUGGCCUAUUAAGCAUUCUGAUGCAUUUUCAAGAUUGGGAAUAUCUCCCGUACGUGGAAUUCUUCUCCAUGGACCUCCAGGAUGCUCAAAAACAACCCUUGCUAAAGCUGCUGCUCAUGCUGCCCAAGCUUCUUUCUUUUCUUUGAGUGGUGCAGAAUUGUAUUCAAUGUAUGUUGGAGAGGGGGAAGCUCUGCUCCGUAACACAUUUCAGAGAGCCCGACUCGCGGCACCCAGUAUAAUAUUCUUUGAUGAGGCUGAUGUUGUAGCUACAAAACGAGGUGAUAGUUCAAGCAAUAGUGCGACAGUUGGUGAGAGGCUUUUAUCCACUUUGUUGACUGAGAUUGAUGGCUUAGAAGAAGCUAAAGGAAUUCUUGUUCUGGCAGCAACAAAUCGCCCUUACGCGAUUGACGCUGCACUCAUGCGUCCAGGACGUUUUGAUCUGGUUCUUUAUGUGCCACCGCCUGAUUUGGAGGCUCGAUAUGAGAUACUUUGUGUCCAUACGCGUAAUAUGAAAACCGCGAGUGACGUCAAUCUCAGACUACUAGCAGAAGACACUGAACUCUUUACAGGAGCUGAACUGGAGGGGUUAUGCAGGGAAGCUGGAAUUGUGGCUCUAAGGGAAGACAUAUCCGCCACCGUUGUAUGCGAUCGUCAUUUCCAGAUAGUGAAAGAUUCUGUAAACCCAGCACUAACAAAAGCUGAAAUUGAUUCAUACUCAUCUUUUAUGAAGACCUCAUCUCAAGCUUUUCCUAAACAUUUUGAUUCAGAUAUGGAAUUAGAUAGGAGCAAAAAGAAUGGGUUCAAUCCUAUGUCUUUGGUUAAAAUUAGUGUUGCCAGUUUUGUAUUACUUGCUGCUGCUAAAUACUAUAACAUAGGUGGAGACCAAAUUGUACCUCAUACACCAAUGACCUGAAGAACAGUACUUGCAAGCUCAUGUAGUUUAUUAACAAAUUUAUGUUUCUUUGUUAUUUCUAAGGUUAAAUUUUAUUGUAUUUUUGGCUUUUACCGAAAAUUGUAUAUGACAAUGUCUCAUAAUACAAGUGUUACCGAUAUUAAUGGAAUAUACUUUUUGGUGUA